AUGGCUCAACAAACCACCCUUCAGGAGUUCAACUCCGUUUACCCCAAGCUUGAGGAGGCUCUUCUCGACCAUGCCCGCUCCUACAAGCUCCCUCAAGAGCAGCUCGACUGGUACAAGAGGUCUCUCGAGGUCAACCCUCUCGGCGGAAAAUGCAACCGCGGCAUGUCCGUCCCCGACUCGGUCUCCCUCCUCCUCGAGAAGCCCCUCACCGAGGAGCAGUACUUCCAAGCUGCUACUCUUGGCUGGAUGACAGAGCUUCUCCAGGCCUUCUUUCUCGUUUCCGACGAUAUCAUGGACUCAAGCAUUACCCGCCGUGGCCAGCCCUGUUGGUACCGCCAGGAGGGUGUUGGCAUGAUAGCCAUCAACGACGCCUUCAUGCUUGAAUCCGCCAUCUACACGCUUCUCAAGAAGUACUUCCGCUCUCACCCCGCCUACGUCGAUCUUAUCGAGCUUUUCCACGAGACCACAUUCCAGACCGAGCUCGGCCAACUGUGCGACCUACUCACCGCCCCUGAAGACAACGUCAAUCUCGACAACUUCUCCCUCGAGAAGUAUAGUUUCAUCGUCAUUUACAAGACCGCCUAUUACUCAUUCUACCUCCCCGUGGCUCUCGCCCUUCACCAGCUUAACCUCGCCACUCCCAGCAACCUCAAGCAAGCUGAGGACAUCCUCAUUCCUCUCGGGGAGUACUUCCAGAUUCAAGACGACUACCUUGACAACUUCGGCAAGCCUGAGCAUAUAGGCAAGAUCGGUACCGAUAUCAAGGAUAACAAGUGCUCUUGGCUCGUCAACCAGGCCCUUGCCGUGGCAACCCCUGAGCAGCGAAAGAUUCUUGAGGAGAACUACGGCCGCAAGGACGAUGAGAAGGAGAAGGUCGUCAAGAAGCUUUAUGAUGACCUCAAUCUCGAGCAGCGUUACCUUGACUACGAGGAGAAGGUCGUCGGCCAGAUCCGUGAGCGCAUCGCCAACAUUGAUGAGAACGAGGGUCUCAAGAAGACUGUUUUCGAGGCCUUCCUUGCCAAGAUCUACAAGCGCAGCAAGUAA